CCAGCCAGCUUUCCCCCAGCCACGAGUAGCAGCGCGCUCCCCUUCAGUAUUUGAAGCUUUGUGCGGCGGUUUCCACUGCGCCUGCGUGGCCCCGCCCCGCCUCACGCGCGGGCCCGCGCUCUGGCUUCCUCGCGUCCGGCUUGCAGCGCCCGGCCUUCUUCCCGGUCCAGCCCGUGGCGCCAGCACCAUGCUCUUCUAUUCCUUUUUCAAGUCCCUUGUGGGCAAGGAUGUGGUUGUGGAACUCAAGAAUGACCUGAGCAUCUGUGGAACCCUCCAUUCUGUGGAUCAGUAUCUCAACAUCAAACUAACUGACAUCAGUGUCACAGACCCUGAAAAAUAUCCUCACAUGUUAUCAGUGAAGAACUGCUUCAUCCGGGGCUCAGUGGUCCGCUACGUGCAGUUGCCAGCAGACGAGGUUGACACACAGUUGCUGCAGGAUGCAGCAAGGAAGGAAGCUCUGCAGCAGAAACAGUGAUGGCUCCUCUUCCUCUACCUCCUCUUCCAUUGAUGACCAGUAACCUCAAGUCCCAGCACAGGCGACCCCUCCUCCCAAUACUUGAGAGUUUUUUUUUUAAUAGUGAUGGUUUUAUGUGUGUGUUUUUUUUUUAAGGGAUGAGUGGAUAAGAGGAAUAAUAGGGAGCUGAUGUCCUCUGUUGAGAAGGGGAGGAUAAGUAGGCUAGGGAACUUCAAAGCCUUUCAGUCCCCAGCACCUGCCUUUCUACUUCCUUGGAGAUUGUGGGAGAGUUUCCUAGUGUUUCCAGGGUAGCAUGUGAUUCAUUUUGGGGAUGGAAGGAAUCUGUCCCGCAUCGGGAAUAAAAUUUAUAAUGCAAA